CUCCCUCGCCGCCCUAGGCCGGCCCUCCCCUCCCCCGCCGAGGCCGGCACAGCCAAUCCCCCGAGCGGCCGCCAACAUGCUCUUUGAGGGCUUGGAGCUGGUGUCGGCGCUGGCCACCCUCGCCGCGUGCCUGGUGUCCGUGACGCUGUUGCUGGCCGUCUCGCAGCAGCUGUGGCAGCUGCGCUGGGCUGCUACCCGCGACAAGAGCUGCAAGCUGCCCAUCCCCAAGGGCUCCAUGGGCUUCCCGCUCAUCGGAGAGACCGGCCACUGGCUGCUCCAGGGCUCCGGCUUCCAGUCGUCCAGGAGGGAGAAGUAUGGCAACGUGUUCAAGACCCACUUGCUGGGGCGGCCGCUGAUCCGAGUGACGGGCGCCGAGAACGUGCGAAAGAUCCUCAUGGGCGAGCAUCACCUCGUGAGCACCGAGUGGCCGCGCAGCGCGCGCAUGCUGCUGGGCCCCAACACGGUGUCCAACUCCAUCGGCGACAUCCACCGCAACAAGCGCAAGGUCUUCUCCAAGAUCUUCAGCCAUGAGGCCCUGGAGAGCUACCUGCCCAAGAUCCAGCUGGUGAUCCAGGACACUCUACGUGCCUGGAGUAGCCAGCCGGAGGCCAUCAAUGUGUACCAGGAGGCACAGAAGCUUACCUUCCGCAUGGCCAUCCGGGUACUGCUGGGUUUCAGCAUCCCUGAGGAGGAACUGGGACACCUCUUCGAGGUCUACCAGCAAUUUGUGGAGAAUGUCUUCUCCUUGCCUGUGGAUUUGCCCUUCAGCGGCUACCGAAGGGGCAUUCAGGCUCGGCAGAUCCUACAGAAGAGCCUGGAAAAGGCCAUCCGGGAGAAGCUGCAGUGCACCCAGGGCAAGGACUACUCAGAUGCACUGGACAUCCUCAUUGAGAGCAGCAAGGAGCAUGGAAAGGAGAUGACCAUGCAGGAGUUGAAGGAUGGGACCUUGGAGCUGAUCUUCGCAGCCUAUGCCACCACGGCCAGCGCCAGUACCUCGCUUAUCAUGCAGCUGCUGAAGCACCCAGCGGUGUUGGAGAAGCUGCGUGAAGAGCUGCGGACCCAGGGCAUCCUCCACAGUGGUGGCUGUGCUUGCGAAGGCACCUUGCGCUUGGACACACUCAGUGGGCUGCGCUACCUGGACUGUGUAAUAAAGGAGGUCAUGCGCCUUUUCACUCCUGUCUCUGGUGGCUACCGCACUGUGCUGCAGACCUUCGAGCUUGAUGGUUUCCAGAUCCCCAAAGGAUGGAGUGUCAUGUACAGCAUCCGGGAUACCCAUGACACGGCACCGGUGUUCAAAGACGUGAAUGUGUUUGACCCUGACCGCUUCAGCCAGGCACGGAGUGAAGAUAAAGAUGGCCGCUUCCAUUAUCUCCCAUUUGGUGGCGGUGUCCGAACCUGCCUGGGCAAGCACCUGGCCAAGCUGUUCCUGAAGGUUCUGGCAGUGGAACUGGCCAGCACUAGCCGCUUUGAGCUGGCCACCCGGACCUUCCCUCGCAUUACCUUGGUCCCUGUCCUCCACCCAGUGGAUGGCCUCAGUGUCAAGUUCUUUGGCCUGGACUCCAACCAGAAUAAGAUUCUGCCAGAGACGGAGGCCAUGCUGAGUGCCACAGUGUAGCUGGGCUCAGGGCCUCGCCCUGCUUCAGCCCAGCCUAGCAGAGGUGGGGUGACAGAGGUAGAAACCUGUGUGUGGGAGGGGCUGGAAGAGGAGGGCAAGUAUGCCCAUACUUGCCCUCCUCUGCCCCCUACCCUGACAAAUCCUCCCCAAAGCCAAAAGGGCCCCAUCUUUCCCAGAAGCGGGCCCUCCUCUUGACGUCUGCUCUCUCCAGAGUCUCCCCACUUCCUCCCCUUCUCCCCCAGCUUAGCUCCCGGAAUAGGGCCUGGCUGGGGCUCUGCAUGCCCGUGACAGUGUUAGUGCCAGUUGGCUUGCUGCAGUGUGUGCUUGUGAUGUUCUGAACAGUCCCUUCUGUCCCUUGUGUUGUCCUUGGUGGCCAGGUGAUUGUACUGGGGAGGGAGAGAGCACCCCCCCCAACUUUCUUUAGCACCCUUGCCACUCCCUUUUGCUAUGGCUCAGUCAGUGCCCACCUGCUGUGGCUGCUGGAAGCACAGCAUGCUGGGUAAUCCAACAACACAGGCAAAUCUGGACGGGGAAGGGGUUGCCACUCGUCUGGAGAGCACCCCUACCUAGAGCUGCCAGUUUGGACAUUCAAAAUUGUCUAUUGCUGCUACUUGUUCUCUCCUUUGGGGUUCAGGAGCCCCAGAUGUGUUCCCCAGCAUCUUCCCCAGUGGCCUGGGAAAGCACGCUGCCAUCCCCAUCUCACCCCCAGGAGAGACCCUCUCCUAGAGGGCCACUUCCUAUAGGGACCCAAUGAUAUCCCUGGCUCAUGCUCCCCCCCAGCCCAUAUUUAUUCACUGAUCUUGGCCAACCUGAGGUCUGAAGCAAACACGUUUUCCAUCCCCUAGCUUCCAUUCUAGCAGUCACCAGAAGGACUUCUGGGAAUGAAAAGGAGGGGAUCUCUGGUCAAACACAUGAAGACCCCCUGGCCCAGACCUCGUGGGCUGUAGACAAAUGAUUUUGUUUAAACCUAAAAGCUGAAAUGCAGCAUCUCUGCCUGGUGUCCCCUGGUGGAGUUAGGGUAAUUGUCCAUUGCCUCCUCCCUGUCCUGUUAAAGCCCUGUUCAUGUGGAUUUGGAGACUGCCAUAAUUUCUGUCUGGGCCACUGUUCACCCAGUGCCCUUCAUGCCACUCAUGAAGAUAGGGAAGGAUACGGGUUCAUUCUAAUGGGGCUUGAAGACCUCCAUCUUCCUCUCCUUAGUCUUACCCUUUGCCCCUAGACCUUGGAAAGAUGUCCUUGAAGCCCCUCCACCUCUAUGCCACUGUCUGCCAAAGCCCAGCUCAGGGGAAUGGGGAGGAGAUGAAAGCAGGGGGAGGUAAGGUAGAGACAGCCUCCAUCAGAGCUGCCUCAGGCCCUGUGUGGUCUGUAGACACUGUGGGAGGGAGGCUGCAGGAGGAGCUUGGAGGAGUAUGUGGGAUUUGUCAGAAGUGAUUUGGUUGCAGAUGGGCCAGUCAGGAUGACUGGGUGGAAGAGGAGUAGCUCCUGCACCUGGCAUUUGAACGUUGGCAAUUUGGAAUGCCGCCAGGCAAUUAUUUGGGGGGGGGGGGUCCUUUGGUGAGUCUCUAAGCAAUUUUGUCUGUUUUUAGAUUUUUUUCUUUGCUUUCUGGGUUUCUCUAUUCAUCUUUUAAUAUGAUUAAUGCAAUGAAUUGUUUUUACAAGAAAAAUGAAUCACAUAUGGAGUAACUCAGCACAUGGAGUAUCGCAUAAGGAGGAACUCAGUAACAUGCCAAUGUGGAGCAGCGCUCUGCUGGCUCAGUGUCAUCUCCUCCACCAAGGGAGGACUCUAUAGGAAUGAGGGCUCAUUGUCCACAGUGUCCUGUCACUCUAACUCCUAAAGGUUUUGCCUCCUUCUC